CGCAAAGCAGAGACCCCACUAAAAUUUUCUUAUCGGAUCCUCCUCCCCAACUCUCCAUUUCUCUUGCGCCCGAGUCUGCUCCAAACAAGACUUUGUGGUUUUUCGUUGUACUCGUCUUUUGAGAACUUUUUCACACUGCUCGACUGGAUUUCAAUUGACGACAUACUAGCGAGAAAACCGAUCGCAAAUACAAAUUUCACCAUGUCAGGCUUCCAGAUCCCCGGCCUGGGGUUCGCGAAACCCAACGAGACCCUGCCGCCGGUGCCUGCCGAUGUUCUCGCUGCCGCCGCGAGCUUCGAGGGCGUCGAUCCCGAGAUUAUCGCCGCCGCCAACGGCACCUCGGAGCAGAUUCAGAGCCAGAAUGAGGAUGUCAACAUGGGAGAGAGCACGAACGAGUCGCAGCCCGCCCCUGCGCCUGCGCAAACAGCAGAGCCCGUCGCGGCGGCACCCGUAGCCGCACCACAGGAGGCCACCGACCCCGAUGCCAUGAACGUCGACGAUGCCGCCGAGCCCCCUUCCCUGACUGACGCCCUCGAGGCCAUGAUCAGUGGUCUCGAUCACACUCCCCCAGCCCAACAAGUCGAAGUUCCCCAAGAGGCGCCCGCUGCAGCAGCUCAAGAAGCUCCUGCGCCCGCAUCUGCGACCGCACCUGCACCCGCAGCACCAGAGAUGAUUGACGCCCCUCAAAUGCUCGAAAGACCCCAAAUGAUCGAUGCCCCGACCUCCUCCAUCGCCGACCAAGACCAACAACAGCCCGCUGCCGAAGGCGAACACCCCGAGUGGGAAGCCGACUCCUCGCCCUACGAGUCGUCCUCCGACUCUUCCAGCGACUCCUCCUCGGACUCGGACGACGAUUCCGACGCAGGUGGCUACCAGCUCCUCGGCGUAGAAGAGACGGCGCGCAUGCUCAUGGAGAUGGAAGGCGGCUCAGACGACGAAGGCGGAGGCGACGGCAAGAACGGCGGCGGUGCAGGGACCGGCGCCUCGGGACACCUGCGCACCAAGAACGAAGUAGCCGACGUGACGGUCCCCGCUAAGCCCGACGUGACACUCACCGCGGACGACAAGAUUGAAGAGCUCGGGCUCGUGGAGCAAAUUGUCGAGAACAUCAUGGUGGUGAGGGCCUUCACCCCGGGCGAGUACCAGGUCCUCGACACGGGGUCGGUGCUCUGCACUGAGGACCGGAAAGUGUUUGGCGUGGUGUGGGAGACGAUUGGCAAGGUGCUGCAGCCGCUGUACACCGUCAUGCUCUCCACGGCCGAGGAGAUUGCCGAGGCCGGGCUGGCUGUCGGCGUGAAGGUGUACUACCCGCCCGCGCACGCCAAGUUUGUGUUUACACAGCCGUUGAAGAAUUUGAAGGGCUCGGAUGCGAGUAACAUCCACGACGAGGAGAUUGCCGAGGACGAGAUGGAGUUCUCGGACGACGAGAAGGAGGCGGAGCAUAAGAGGCAGAUCAAGCAGAAGAAGAAGGAGGCGAGAUUCGGCAAGGACGGUGGUGAACGUGGUGGACCAAGUGAGAAGAGGAGCAGGAAUCAUCGCGAGCCGCAUCCGCUGCGGAAUGAGGUCAGCGCCGCGGCUGCCGGUCCUUCUACGGACGGCGGACUCAACUACGACGACGAGGACGAUGGUCCGUACAAGCCCCUCGCGCGACCGCCUGGGUUCGGCCAGGCGCCGCCUGCGCAGCAGAGUUUCACCACGGAGCCUGAACCGGGCCGCUUCGGUGGGCGUAGAGGUGGACGUGGUGACUCUAGGGGACGCGGCGAUAGGGGCAGGGGAGGAGGACGUGGUCGUGGACGCGGCGGGUACGGGAACCGCGGGGAUCAUAGGGAGGGAUACUCGGCGCCGCAGAGACAUCAUUCGGGCGGCGGUGACCAGCAACAUCAACAGCAGCAUCAGCAGCAACAAGGUGGACAAUGGAGCGGCGCCGGCGCCACCGGGUUCCAGGCGCCCCAGCAGAGCUACAACAACCAGCAGCAGCAGGGUGCGCCCGCGCCGACGGCGCCGACGUUCAACUUCCCGUUCCCCGGGAUGCCUGUGCCGCAGCCGGGACAGCAGGGUUUCUCUGCCGUUCCGCCGCCGCCGCCGGGUUGGCCGACGCAAGGUGGUCAGCCUGGGCAGGGCGCGCAGCAGGGUGCUUAUAUCAACCCGGCCUUCUUUGCGGCGUUGCUUGGACAGAUGCAGCAACAGCAGCAGCAGCAGCAACAAGGCCAGCCGCAACAACAGGGAGGACAAUAUCAAGGCCAGCAGCCCCCUCAGCCUCCUCAGCCGCCGCACCAAUGGGGUGCUCAGCCGCCUCCGCAGUAAAUCGACUUUUGUCAAGGUUGAGGAUGAGAUCCGGUCGUGAUGCUGGUGGUGGACAGCUGAAGGUGCGAAGCUCGAUGUACUUAAUUGAGCUCGACGUAGCAUACGAGAUGGGAGACAGACAGCGUGGGGGUGGACUGGGACCUCUGCGACUCUGCACCUAGAUGGCUGAAGCUAUAGGAAAGCUCUGCCAGCUACGAGCAUAGACUAAGUCUCGAAGCAAGGGACGUGAAAAUGCUUCGAUCGCAUGGCUUGCUCUAGCUGCCAUGUUUGGCACACUGAACCGGGAGGCUACCAGCUAAGGUAAAGUCCAAUCGCGACCUACACGAGCGAAGCUAGAAAGGAGAGCGAUCAGUAGUGGCUAUUUGCAUCGCUUUGUAAUGAUUAGAACUGUGGGGACUCGCGACGCGACUAUACGCGAAGAGAUAUGGAUAGACAAAAGUGAAAUAAUAGGUUUCUAUUUCGACG